CCAGUGUCAUAAACAGCAGCUUCCCGAUAAAUAAAACCGGUCUUGCAUUGUUGUUCUAUUUCGGUCGACCAGUGGUAUAUAAGGCGAGAAAGCUCCACUACGCCUCAAGUUGUUCGAGUCCAAGACCAUCGGAAACAAGACAAUAACCAUGAAGCUGGCCAUCCUGGUGCUGUGUCUGGUGGCGGCGGUGGCUGCCAGCCCCACCCGCGGCUGCUGCGGAGGAGGCGCCGCCGAUGGAGCAGCCGGAGCCGACUCCGCACAGGCCCAGGCGCCCGGCCUGCAACUGCAGAAGAGCUCGGCCUUUGCCCAGGGCUCUGCGGAGGGUAACGCCGCCUCCAUAAGCGACGCCUCCAGCAGCGCGUUCCAGAGCCAGGGACGAGGCGGAUCCGUGCAGAGUGCCGUCAACAAGGCUGAAAGCAACCAGUUCACCGGAUAAGAUGCUGGACGAGCUUGACAUGUUGUCACGGUUGUACUUUUACGUGAUUGCACUUUGCAGAAGUUGGAAAGAUACAUGGGCGCUUGAAGUGCUCUGAAGAGCUUAUGUGUAUUGCUGCGCUGUUUGGAUAUUGCUUGCAUCAAUACAAAAUGGAAAAGCUGGUA